AUGGGGCGUGCUAUACAGCAGUUCAAGGCUCUCUUUUGGAAGAACUGGCUCUGUCGUGUGAGGCAGCCGGUCCUGUCUCUUGCUGAAAUACUCUGGCCAUGUGUGCUUUUCUUGAUUCUGGCUGCAAUCCGCUCCCAGGAGCCUCCAAAAUACAAGGAAAACUGUUACUUGGAAGCUCGAGAUUUACCAAGUGGGGGCCUUUAUCCUUUCAUGAGGACCCUUUUCUGUAACAUUGGUUCAAAAUGCAAAAAUACUAGUUAUGCAACACAGAAAAACAACCACUUACGUACUGCAGGCAUCCAGACUGGUCCAGAGAGGUUCACAGGACCUGAUCUAGACUUCAUGAAAGAGAUAGAGGAGCUUGCAGAGGGAUUUAUUGAGACCACAGAGAAAGCCAUGGCUUUAGAAAAGCUAUGGGAAGAAAACUCAAAGUUCUCAGGUGCAUUCAGAAAUAACUUCUCAGGAUUUAAGUCUUUCUCCCCAGGUUUUUCUGUUGCACUGGAGAGUAUAGAGAUGGAUUUGAAUGAAGCAGAGGAAAUGAUUUCUAGAGCAGAAAACCUGUACAAGCAACCAUAUUUAUGGAAUCUUCUGCAUUCACUCCCUCACCUUGAAUUGAACAGCUUUUAUACAGAAGAUGAGUUAGCUGCUGUAACAGAGUUUCUAAAAGCUAUUCAAAAUAUCUUAGCAUCAUGGACGGAUUUAGCUAUGAUGCCAUUGGGCGAAAGUUUCUAUGAAGUGGUGAAAACAGCACUGAAUUUAACUGCUGCAACGGUACAGGAUAGGAGCUUUGCAGGUUUUCAGUAUAAUCUUUCUCUCUGGAAUGUUUUAUGGAAUCCGCAUGCAGUAAGAACAGAAUUUGAAUCCAAGUUUGAUGAUCUUCACAUUGAGAAAUUGCUAAGUUAUAUAGCACAAUUAAGAAAGAUUCCCACAGGAGAGACACUGGAGCAGUUUGUGUGCUCUGCUCUGUCCAGAGAGCCUGAAGAUGAAGCAAACAAAGAGAAUAAUGAAGAUGACUGUAUUUCUGCAUGGCAUGAGGCCAAAAUAUAUCUUGUUCAUGCUGUCAGCAAGCUCAGACUCUAUGCACAGGUAUUUGAGCAAUGGUUCAACAGCAACAGGCUCUCUCAGACACUCUUUUUGGAACUUGAAAGGCUGAUAGAUGAUUUAAUGUCUCAGUUUCUAGAUGACAGGAAAGUCAGGAAACUUUUUGCAGAGAUAAGUACCCUGAUCCAGCAAUGGAAUGAGAAAUCAGAUCCAUACUUUUCAGAAGGAUAUGCUGCAUCUCCUGAUCUAAUCCUGCAUCUGGAGAGAAUGCAGUCUGUACUUCAGGAUGUACCUCAAUGGUCUGUUUCGAAGAGAUUGCUUCUGGUAGAUGGAGCCAUAAGGAAUGUAAUAGCACAGUAUUUAUACUUCACUGAAGAUGCUUUACAUAGCCUGGAAAAACUGAUUCCCGUUGCCCAGAGAGAUGGAUUCAUUCGUCUUGACAUCAGAAAGCUCUUUGUGGAGCUAAAACAGAUGUUGACGAGCAAUGCUUCCUAUGUUUGCAAUGACCUGCUUACAAUGUUUGAGAAGACCCUAAGACUUCCACAGGGCUCAGAUGGCAUUGACAUUUUAGCAACAUACAUGUGCCCUGGUAAUGGCUCAGAGGUGACCUUUAAGCUAAGCAACCAGCUCCAGUCACUAAAAGAAUCUGUCCUGCUUCUGCAGAAAGUAACCCAGGGACGACAGAGCCUGCCAGAUCCAAUAAUGGAUGACUAUUUGGGAUGGCAAGAAAUAGAAGAACAGCUAACCAAACAUUAUGCUCAUUACUGUGAAAUUAAUCAAUUGCUGAGCACAGAAGCACCAUCUGAGGAGGAUGUCCGUUUCAGCUCUUGUCAGGAACAGCUGCUCUUCUCACUAAUUAAUAAUACACUUGAAGAAAUUUUGUUUGCUUUUGAAGGUAACCCAUACUGGAAGGAUUUAACAACUUUUGCCAGCUGGAUGUGCGAGUUAGCUCAAUAUAUGAACGAAGAUGCAGGAGGCACCAAGGGAGAUCAGUCAGAAGCCAUUCCAGUAACUGAUACAGAAAUUCCCCCACAAAGGAUUUUGACAACUUUCAAAGAGUUCUUGAAGAGAGAAGAAAACUUAACUAUUUCUCGUGAAAAGGAAAUGGAUCAUCUUUUUCAUCUGGUAGAAGUCGCAGAAGAAAUUAUAAUGCUUGAUUUCUCGGCUUCUUCAAACCAGUCUCUAAUAAAAAAUAUCUUGAAUAAUACAAUUCCAUGGAUGAAAACUUUUGCUGAGGGGAAGGAAACUGCAGUUUCUGAACUCCUUAAUAAGCUACGAGAAAAUUUCCAGCCUCUUCAGAGAUUCUGGAUGAAAGAGAAGGCAGAAGUUUUCUGGCAUAUAGUGAAAGUUGUAUUCUACGAACUUGAUUCUAGGCUCUCUAAUUUGAGGCAAGUGGAAGAGGAAGAGGUAUUCGAGGCCUUAUCUAGAAUUAUGUUUUCCAUUACAGAAAAUAAAAUCCAUAAUAGGAGUAUACUAUUGCUCCAAAAUAUCCUGACUGAUUGGCCAGAGUUAAAUAUUGCUGCUUUGAACCAUCAAACACACUUACGUGAAAACUUCCUAAGGAAUCUCUAUGUGGUUGGAUUGUUGACUGAUGAUCAUGUCAAUGUGUCUUUCAGCAGAACUCAUGGAGUUAGUAAUGCUUCUUCUUUAUUACUCUCAAAUGCAACUUUUAUACAUGAAGUACAAGAAUUAGGAGAAACCGUGCAUGAUUUCUUAAAAGCCAUCCAAAAACUAAACAACACUAGUGUGGCCUCACUUGUUCAAGUACUUUUCUCUCUGUAUCAGAAUGAUGAUCUGGUCUUAAAUAUUGAAAGAAUUAGCACUCUGCUAACAGUUCUUUAUGAGACUUUGAAAGAUAUUUCAUCUUUUCGAGUAUGGCAUGAUUUCCAAGAUAGGGAUCAAGUUUUUGAUUUGCUAUCUGAAACUUUUGAUGUUCUCUGGAACUUCACCAGUAAGUCUUUCUGUGAAAAGUUACUAAACAUUUACAACUACACAGAGUUUCAGGCCCGGUCUCUUGCAGAGAAAGGAAAAAAAGAUAUGCAUGUUGUCUAUAGCACUCUGAACAGCCUUAAAACUUUGUUUGUAGAUGAAGAGCUCCAAACAGAUGCCUUUUGUUAUUUGGAACAGUUUCUUGAUAUCUCCCCAGAAUGCCUGUCACAUAAUGAGUGCACUGAUUUUUAUCUAUCAAACAUUACUUCUGAUGAUCAUUCAGCAGAGGUUUACAGCUUACUUCUGCUUUCAUUGGACAGUGUUCUGUCUAAUAUUACAAACUUGGGAGAUAAGGUAAGUGUGCCUUCCGCUUUGCACUGCACUUUCACAUGGCUUCAGACCUGGACAGAGGUUUUUGAAGAAGCAUCCAAAAUUUUAAAUUUGAAUUCAACCUUUUUUGUCUGUCUGAGAAAUGAUUUGGCAAAUCUCUCUGAAAGUCUUUUAGAAGCAGCUCGUGAUGAAUUGUGCAAUAGUACAGCUAUGGUUGUUGUUGAAACUACAAGAGCAGCAAUGAAGAUAUUAAAUAUAAUAUUUGAAGGAGGUCAUGAUUUAAAUGACUGGAAAAAUUUUGACACUUUCCUUGCCAUUCUUCAAAAUGUAUUUAAUGAUACAGUUGAUGUCACAAGCUCACUUAAAGGUAACAGUUUAGAAAGUGUUUUAGAAAUGAUGGGAGUCAUGAUAACUGAAUUGCAGAAAUCUACACUAGAGUUUGUUAAUGGAGAGGUUUUGAAUUCUUGGCUUGAUGCUUUAAUCUCAGAGGGAUCAGGAGGAUCUGAGGGAGAAGAUAAGGAUGCUGGUGUAUUUUCCUUUGGAAAUUCCCUUUCUACUAUUCUCAAGCUUUCCCAAAAGGAACUUGGAAGUAUUCUCUCUGAGAUAAAAGGCACAUCUGCUUUCUUUAAAAGUGUACUUCAAGGAAAAUAUAUGGUCUGUAUCAGUGUUUUCCAGAAUAUUACCAAACUAAUUUUGGACAAUACUCUGAAAGACAUAAGCCAUCUGCAAACAAAUUUCUCAUCUCAUCUCAAUUCCUUACUAAACUUUUAUAGUACAGUGGAUGAAGCAGAGAACUGUAACAGAUGGAUACACGGAUUCCGUAAUCUCAGUGAAAAACACAAAUCACCUUCCCACCUUGACCAUGCAAAACAUAUUUUAUUUCUGCUGAAAUCUCUGGGAAACAUUGAGACAGAUAUUAAGCUAACAAACAUGGUGGACAUUGUUAAUUUGAUUUUUAAUUUGAUAUUCCCUGAAUGUUCCCUAACUGGUUCUGAUGUAAUUUGUCUAAAUUAUUAUUUCAAUAUUAUAGCAAAACCUUUAAAAGAUAUUCUCCCUGAAUUUUAUGUAAAAGAUUAUGUUAGUGUGCUUGAAUUUAUUUUUAUGCUUUUAAGUAACUCUGGAGGGCAGAUGGCUGUCAAUGAUUUAGUGGGGCACUCAUGGUAUACAUCAAAUAAGACCCAUUUUAUUCAGUCAAUUCAUGGAUUUAACACGACUUCAAGGAUGUUCCCUAAUCCUUUUCACCACGAUCAGCUUUUAUCAGUAGAACUUUUGGCAGAAAUUCUUCUGAAAAAUGAAACUUCCAAAGUCCAAGCAAACAGCUCUUCUCAUUUAGAUAUUGAGACUGAACCUUUCAUGCAUAAGAAAAAUAUCACUUUGGUGAUGGAGUUCUUUCAAUAUAUGAUCAGUAAACUUGACUCAGACUUAAAGGCUGAACACAAAACAUUUCUCCAGGAACUGGUAGAAAUAGCAGCUCUAAAUAUUGAACUGGUAAAUAAGGCACUUAAAGUUUUCAAGUCUUCUAAUUUUACUGGCUUUCCAUCAAGAGGUGAUAAAGAGUUUCUAAAGCACAUGGUAGCCUUGGUGCAAAAUAUGGAGAACAUAGAUGUUGAGUUCUUGAUAAGUCAAUUCAAACAAGUCCAGAGGAGCCUGGAUAACUUCUUUGAAAAUACCAAACCUUUGUAUAUUGAGAACUCUGAGUUAAAAAUGUUAACAGACUGGUGGGAUGCAUUUGGGAACAAUUCAUGCAAUUGGAACCUGACUGGCUUAUGGCAAAUAACAGCACUCUUUGAACAAGAUGAACUCUAUGAUGUAGAAGAGAUGUUCCAUUUCCUCCUUGAUAUCAUCAGUCUUACAGAAAGAUUAGCUCAUGGAAACAUCACGGAAGCUCUAACUGAAAUCUAUGCUUUCAUAAUGACUCAGGAAGAAAAAAUGCCAAUGUUUACUGAAGAGGAGUUCUCUAAUCAAGUAGAGAGUCUUCUAAUGUUAUUGGAGACACUGACAGAUAUGUCUGAUGAACCUGCAGAGGUCUCAGUUUGUUUGUCUGCAGCAUUCUGCUGGAGUCUCACAACACCAACACCUCCCACUUUUGCACCUUGUGAGUUAGUUCAUACCAAUUAUACUCUUAGAUACAAUGUAGUCAUUGAAAUUAUUAAGGAGCUGAAACUCAUCACUCUGGAGGACAGUUCCUCAUGCACUAUGGAAGACUUCCAGAUGGAUAUCGCUAGGAAUCUGACUUGCUUUUUUCAUCAGAUCAAAGAAUGGAACUCUAUUCUUUUGAAGUUUUCUGAGCUUCAUCAUAUGAAUGGGUCAGUUCUCAAAGAGCUGCUAGAUUUUUGGAAUGAGCUAUCCCUCUACGCUGUGCCACUGCAGGUGAAUAAUACAUACUCAGUCAACUGUUCCUCUACACCGAAGAGACAAGUGGCUUUACAAAUUGUAGAAACACUGGGCAGUAUGGCAGUGGCAGAAAUGGAGAUGACCAAAAGUGUUCUUGAACAGCUAGAUGAUCUCUAUGGUGGUCUAAGUUGGAACAGACAUUCAAGAACAUCAUUUAUAAAGACUGUUCUUACUAAUGUUAAGAAUAUGACCAGUGAAGUUUCUGGGCUCCUGGAUACAGAAGCUGUCCUUUCUUUUCUUUCUGUAAUUCAGCCUUUGAUGAUGCUGUCUUCUGUUGGAAACCAGACAUACUCAAUGUUUAUGAUAUUAUCAGCUUUAAAUGGAAACAGUAAUAUGUCUGAUAACUUUGAGAACUUCUGGUUGGCUAUAGUUACAAGCAUAGAAGAUUUACUGGUGAAUUUUAAUGUUAGACACUUAAUUGCAGUGAUAGACCAAGAGUUGAAAUUAUUACGGUUAGUCACUGGACAGUCCUCUUCAAUGGCUCUUGAUGUUUUAAUACAGCAGUUUAAUACAUCAUCUGUAGCUCUUAUGUUAAGAAAUAUUGAAGACAUACAAAAGGUUGUGAACAGCUUUGUAUGUGAGUGUAACAGUAACAAUUAUUCAAAAAUAAUACAUGUUCUAAUUCUCCUUAUGGCCGACGAAAAUUCAUCGAAUGACCUACUUCUGGUUGUGAAAGAUGUUAUUGACUUUCUGGAGAUAUUCCAAAAUAAGUCUAAGGAACAUUACACUAGUAUGUUGUUUGUUGAUGGUCAUAUUAGCAGAGAAAAAUUGAAUUAUACUCAUACUGCUAAUUCAGUUUUGCUAAACAGUCUCCUUCAUAUAAUUGCUGAUCUUGCUGCUAUAGAAGAAUUUCUGCAUACAAACAAUAUUGAACUUCAGGCAGUUGACUUCAUUGAUUCAUUUUUUGAUAACGCACAGCAUAGAGAAGUCUCUCUUCAGUCCCAAAACAGAACUCUAGAGUUCAUGCAAAAGAUCUUGCAAAUGAUAUUUCAGUCUAGCACAGGACAUGACAAGAACAAAAUAACCUUCCUGCUAAAGGAUUUGCAUAAGGAUAUAAUGGCAGAAAUGAGGGUGGCUGAAAAUUUGGAGCUACAGUUGUCAGAAAAUCCAGCAGCAGCAUUUCUCAGCAAUUUUAAUCUUUUGAAUGGUAUGAAAGUCAAAGAGUGUGUGCAGAAUCUUACUCAGCUGAGGCUUGACAUUGGUUCUCUGAAUAUUUCUGAGGAAACUAUCAGUACCAUCUUGGAAGCUAGUGUCUUUCAUUCAAAGGUUUCUUACAGUGCCUUUGUGGUAGCUUUAACUGGAAGAUGUGAUGAAGAAGUACUCAGCCUGCUGCUAAAGCUACCUGAAAACAGUAAAACUUCCCUGGUAGUGGAAGAAUUAUGUUCUUUACCAGCACUGGAUUUGUAUACCAUGUUUGUACUGAUUAUACAGAAUUUGAACGUACGUCAUAUUUUUUACAAGGUUAAGAUACCUUCUGAGGUAGACAAUGUACUAAACAUGCUACUGGAAGUGGUUUCUAGUAUCAGGUCUCUUCUCAAUAAAGCCCAUUACGUUAUGGAAAACCUUCCAGUGUUCCUCCAAAGAAUUCAAAAUAUUGGUGCGCUCGACAUCUCUGCAUUGCAGCAGUUCGUGCAAGGUGGGCAGUUCAGAAGUUCAGCUGUUGGGUCCCUAGAGUCUGUAACCAAGGCAGUGUGUAAAGAAGAAUCUUCAUUUUUCAGCAAUGCAAACCUGUUCAUUGACAUGCCCAGAAUCAAUGGACUCUUGGAGGAUGAUAUGGCAAAAUAUGGCAUUCAGGAAAACUCAGCUCCAUUUUGCUUGAAGCUUUAUCAGGAGAUUUUGCGGUCUUCUAAUGGGGCUUUGCUAUGGACUUUCCUAAAACCUUUAUUGCAUGGGAAGAUACUGUACAAUUCAAACAUCAACAUGAUUGACCUGGUGAUGAAGAAGGCUAAUUUCACUUUUAGUUUUGUGGAAAAUGUGAAGACUUAUUCUGAGACAUGGCUUAGGAUGUCUGAGGUUUUUAAAACCAGUGGAAAUGUCCUCACAGUCUCAUGCCUGCAGGAAGCACUGCAAAGCAAUUUCAUAAAGCACUUCAUAGAAAGUAAUUUGGAUAUUGACAUGGAAAAACUCUUUAAGAAAAUGCAAGUAUAUGAAACUAUGAUGAACAAGAUGUUUAACAGCUCAACAAGUAAACAGAUUGACCUGUUGUCACAGCUUCUAGUAAAUAUAUCUUCCUGUGUGUUACUGGACCGUUUCCAGGCUUUUGACUCUGUUGAGAAAUUGGAGGAGAAGGCUCAUGAGCUCAUGCAGCAAAAUAAUUUUUUGGCUAGUAUCAUCUUUGAUAUGCCAAAGAAUAAGACGCAAGAUUCUAGCACUCUCCUACCACGACACAUUUCUUAUAGAAUUAGAACCAGCGUUCUUUAUAGCAUGAGAACGGAUUUGAUUCAAAACCCAGCGUGGAAAUCCCAUCCCCAGAAGUUGCCAGCUGAUGGGUUUAAAUACAACCACAUCUUUAUUCCUCUUCAAGAUAUGGUUGAAAGGGCAAUUAUAUCAGCACAGACUGGAACAGAUACCUCAGAGCCAGCCAUUCAGGUGCAAGCCAUGCCUUACCCUUGUCAUACCAGUGAUCUAUUCUUGAACAACAUAGGGUUUUUUUUCCCACUUAUGAUGAUGUUAACAUGGAUGAUUUCAGUUGCUGGCAUGGUUCGCAGGCUGGUUUAUGAAAGAGAAAUUAAUCUUGAAGAGUAUAUGAAGACGAUGGGUGUACAUCCAGCCAUUCAUUUCUUUGCUUGGUUUCUGGAGAAUGUAGUUGUUCUCACAAUAAGCAGCUGUGCUCUGGUCAUCAUUUUAAAAGCAAGUGGUAUCUUUGCUUAUAGCAAUGGCUUCCUCAUCUUCCUUUUUCUCCUGGACUUUGGAAUUACAGUUAUUAUGUUAAGCUAUUUUUGGGGAGUAUUUUUUAGCAGUGCCGAUACAGCAGCUCUGUGUGCCAGCCUUGUGUACAUGAUCAGUUUUUUGCCGUACACAGUUUUAUUGGUCUUGCAGAACCAGUUGAGUUUCACCAGCCAGAUUAUAUUGUGUCUUCUUUCUACAACUGCCUUUGGGCAUGGAGUAUUUUUCAUUACAUUCUUUGAGGGCCAAGAAACAGGAAUUCAGUGGAAUAAUAUGCACCAGUCAGUGGCACAAGGAGGAUACAUGACCUUUGGAUGGCUGUGCUGGAUGAUGCUCUUUGACUCCAUUUUAUAUUCUGUAGGUGGCUGGUAUUUCAGCAAUAUUAUUCCUGGAAAAUCUGGAUUAAAGAACCGAUGGUAUUUUCCCUUUACUGUUUCCUACUGGAAGAACCUAUGUGGUGCAGAGAGGAGGAAGAGACAUUUUCUGAAUUCUAAUAUGUUUUUCUUCAAUGAAAACUUCCAAGAAAAAGGACCUCCAAUUUGGAAAGGCCCUUGCAUCGAAGGAGAUACUGUUGGCGUCAUGCUGCUGUCUCUCACCAAAGAGCACAUGGAUGGCCAGAAGGCUGCAAUUAAAGAUCUCAGCCUCACUUUUCACAGAGGUCAGAUAACAGCACUCUUGGGACCUAAUGGAGCUGGCAAGACAACAGUUAUGUCAUUGUUGACUGGUCUGUACCCACCCAGCUCUGGUACCAUUAUUAUUAAUGGAAAGGACAUAUGUAGUGAUCUGUCUGCCAUCAGGACAGAGCUGGGUGUUUGCCCACAAUAUGAUGUCCUGUUCAACAUACUAACUGUGCGAGAACAUCUGCUGUUUUAUGGAUCAGUGAAGGCACCUGGCUGGACAAAGGAACAGUUGAAUCAGCAAGUCAGUGGCGCUCUGGAAGAUGUGGAUUUAUCCCAGCACCAGUACAAACCUGUUGGAGCUCUUUCUGGGGGAAUGAAAAGGAGGCUGUCGAUUGCUAUCUCAUUCAUUGGAAACUCAAAGACAGUUGUUCUAGAUGAGCCCACCAGUGGAGUAGAUCCAUGUUCUCGCCGUAGCAUCUGGAAUGUUCUUCUGAAGUAUAAAGCUGGUUGCACACUGAUCUUUACCACUCACCAUCUUGAUGAGGCAGAGGUGCUCAGUGAUCACAUUGCUAUCCUGCAGCGUGGCCAGCUGAGGUGCUGGGGUUCUCCCUCUUAUCUCAGAGAAACAUACGGCCAGGGACACAGUCUAACGCUGACAAAAAAGCCCUCUGUGUUUGAAAUCCAGGAUCCUAAGCAUACUGUUCAGAUCACAUCUCUUGUACAGACCCACAUCCCAGAAGCUUUCUUGAAAGAGAACAGUGGGACUGAGCUGACCUAUGUGAUUCCAGAAAGGGCAGAUAAGACCUCUUUUAAAAGUCUUUUUCAGGCUUUAGAUCAAAGCCUGCAUCAUCUACAUGUGACUGGCUAUGGCAUUUCUGACACCACCUUGGAAGAGGUGUUUCUGAAGCUACUGCAGGACUCAGAGAAGAUGCCUGAUGUUCCACACGCAGCACACCUGGACCAUACAAAUGGUGCUGAAUCAUCUUGGGCCUCAAGUGUGCAUGGAGUCCAUCUUUUUCUUGCACAGAUUGUUGCUCUCCUGAUGAAGAGGUUUCACCGCACUAGGCGAGACUGGAGAGGAACCCUGUCAAAUGUGCUGCUGCCUGUCCUCUUUGUUGCACUGGCAAUGGCCUUGUUUAGUGUGAAGCCGCUGGCUAUUGAUUACCCUUCUCUCAAGCUGACACCAAGACUUUAUGACAAUGCAGAAUCUUUCUUUAGAAAAAACAAUUCAUGUUGGCAGAUGGAAUCUAUGUCACCCCAGGAUUCAUGUGGAUGUGUGACUGAACAAGAGAUGUGUCUAAGUUUCAAUACCUCUGCUCCAUAUGUGAAGAAUAAGAAAGGACAUAUUUUGUAUAAUCUUUCAGGGUUUCUUGUAGAAGAAUAUUUAGUGAGGCCUUCCAAGAAAGCAAGAUAUGGUGGUUGGUCUUUUGGAAGGAGAAAAACAUUUGAACUUCAAGAUAAAAAAUUGAACAACAGCAAAUCUAAGCAUCUGGUUAAGGUAUGGUACAACCAAAAAGGUUUCCAUGCGCUGCCAUCCUACUUAAAUGAACUCAACAACUUCAUUUUGUGGCUGAAUUUGCCUCCUAAUGUAGAUUGGAGACAGUAUGGGAUCACACUUUACAGCCAGCCAUAUGGAGGAGCCUUGCUGGAUGAGGACAAAAUAAUGGAGAAUGUUCGUCAGUGUGGAGUAGCACUCUGUAUCAUGCUGGGUUUCUCUAUCCUUACUGCAUCCAUUGGAAGUGCCAUAGUGAAAGACAGAGUGUCUGGCACAAAACGCCUGCAGCACAUCACCGGCCUGGGUUACAAAACUUACUGGCUUGCUAACUUCUUCUGUGAUAUGCUGUUUUACAUGGUUCCAGUCACCCUGUGUGUUGGUGUUAUUAGUGCCUUCCAGCUAUCAGCCUUCACUUUCCAAAAGAACUUGGCAGCCACUGUUCUCCUGCUGAUACUCUUUGGAUAUGCAACUUUGCCGUGGAUGUAUCUUGUAUCCCGAUUCUUCUCAAGUUCUGAUGUAGCUUUUAUUUCUUACAUCUCCUUAAAUUUUGUAUUUGGCCUGUGUACCAUGCUUGUGACUCUCUUACCUCGUUUAUUAGCUAUAAUUUCCAGAAUGCAGAGUUUUCAGAACAUCUACAGUAUCCUCAAAUGGGCGUUCAUCCUAUUCCCACAAUUCUGCUUAGGCCAGGGUUUAAUAGAACUCUCAUACAAUCAGAUCAAGUUUGACCUGACCAGAAAUUUUGGAAUAGAUUCAUAUGUGAGCCCCUUUGAGAUGAAUUUCCUGGGCUGGAUUUUUGUGGAAAUGGCCCUGCAGGGAACACUACUUCUUCUUUUACGACUUUUUCUUCACUGGGAUCUCCUCCAGAAACCAAGGGGUCAUUGUUCAUUUAACAGCAUGGUGAGCCCUUCAGAAGAUAUUGAUGUAGAAAUGGAGCGACAGCGACUCUUUGGUGGAAGAACUGGUAAUGAUGUCCUCCUUCUGUACAACCUCAGGAAGUGUUAUGGAGGUUUCAGUAAGAAGAAUACAGCUGUGGAAAGCAUAAGCUUAGGAAUACCAAGAGGAGAGUGUUUUGGACUCCUGGGAACAAAUGGAGCUGGGAAAAGCACAACAUUUAAGAUGCUGACUGGAGAUAUCAUCCCAUCUGCAGGACGUGCUGUUAUCAGGACUCCUACAGGGUCUGAAAUGGAUAUAUUGUCUGCCAGCUCUGAAGGCAUUCUCAUUGGCUAUUGUCCACAGCAAGAUGCCUUGGAUGAAUUUUUAACGGGUUGGGAGCAUCUUUAUUAUUACUGCACACUGCGUGGAAUUCCAAAACAUGAUAUCCAUAAGAUCCAGCUAUCCUCUGGGCAAUUAGCAAACAGCUACUGCCAUGGCAGUUCUCAAAACCAUUUAGGGAACCGUUCCUCAAGUGGUGUGGUAAUUCACGUACGAGUUCUGCUUCAAGUGGAUCGAAUUGAUUCUGUGUUAUUUAGAGAUGAGUUAUGUUACUGUGGCGCACUGAGAGAAG